AUGAGGCCCAUCUGUCUUUAUGACCACCGUGAACCGAGCAUUGUUGCCGGCUGCCAGAGCGGAGAUGAAUGCAGCACCGUUUGGCUCGUUUGCACUUUUUCCCUGAAGACAACAACUGUCAGGCCAUCUUGGCUCGCCAAAGCCAACCAAGAACGAUCCUCUACUGACCCAAUGGACACACGACCGAACCCAAAGGGUAGGAUAAAGAGGUACGAGCCUAUAGAACAGAUCCUGUUAAAUCGGUACACACCAUCAGCACACUCAAGCUCUGAUGAACCUCCCUUCAGACGAUCUCACCCGGAAAACAUGCUCCUCCCCCGUACAUUUAUCCACCCUCACCACCCAAUUACUCGUGCUUCUCUUGCUUUUCGUCAUCAGCAGGCCUUCUCCUAUCGGCAGAAGCUGCGUCUUCAAGUCUCUGUUCCUCCAUGUCUCCUUGCAAAACGCAUUGUACCCCAAAACAAUGCAGUUUUUGUGAUGAUGGUGCUCGAUUUUUUCCUGAAUGGCACUUAUGAUGGUCUCAUGGCUCUCGAGUUUGCAGUCAACAGCCACAAAGUCCGAGUCUUUGUACUGGCUUGA